CCGCCCAGCUGUGCAGUCCAUAAUGCUGCGGUGCGACAGCCGGGUCUUGUGAUUUUGCCGCCUGCCGUCAAAAUGUUCAUUACUGUGAAACUUACUGUUCUGCUGCUUGGUCUGAGCUUUUGCUACGGGCGGCGACGCUACCACUUCGAUGAAGAGCCUCAACCCGUUCGGGCUUCAAAAUACGGCUCUUUGUGGCCUCUGCCACAGGCGGUGAAAAUUUCGGAGCAGUCAUUCAAGUUAAUCAAGAACAGUUUCGCAAUUGUUGACUCCAAAGAGUCAUCAGCUGGCCCGAGCUGCAGCCCGCUGCAGGACGCGUACUAUAGGUAUUAUGACUACAUGUUUGGCAGUGCUAAACAUCGGGGGCUGAGUGAAAACAGGCCAGGGGGUCCCGCUGAGUUGUCAGAGCUGCAGGUGUGGAUCACAUCACCUGACUCUGAAUGCGACAGUUUGCCCAGUGUCUCAUCUGACGAGUCAUAUGAACUGUCAGUGGAUCAGCCAUAUGCUAUCCUGAAGGCACCGAAGGUCUGGGGAGCCCUGCGUGGUCUGGAGACCUUUAGCCAGUUGGUGUAUGAAGAUGAGUAUGGAACUAAAACCAUCAAUUCAACAGCAAUCAGUGACUUUCCCAGAUUUGCACAUAGAGGCAUUUUACUGGACACCUCUCGGCACUUCCUGCCCGUUAAAAUCAUCUUGGCUACCCUGGAAACAAUGGCGAUGAACAAAUUCAACGUUUUCCAUUGGCACAUUGUCGACGAUCCAUCCUUCCCUUACAUGAGCCACACAUUCCCACAGCUGAGCAAGCAGGGAGCUUACCACCCAUACACACACGUGUAUACAGCCACUGAUGUGCAGAUGGUGAUUGAGUUUGCCCGUCUGAGAGGCAUCCGCGUCAUCCCAGAGUUUGACACUCCUGGACACACGGAGUCAUGGGGUAAUGGCCAAAAGGACCUGCUCACACCCUGUUACUCUGGCUCCGCACCCUCUGGCUCCUUCGGGCCAGUGAACCCCAUCCUGAACACCACAUAUGACUUCAUGAACAAGCUCUUCCAGGAGAUCAGCACCGUGUUCCCUGAUGCCUACAUUCACCUGGGAGGUGAUGAGGUGGACUUCUCCUGCUGGAAGUCCAACCCGGACAUUCAGAAGUUCAUGGAUCAGCAAGGCUUUGGAAAAGACUACAGCAAGCUGGAAUCAUUCUACAUCCAAAGACUCUUGGAUAUCGUCACCACUACAAAGAAGGGAUACAUGGUCUGGCAGGAGGUCUUUGACAAUGGUGUUAAGCUAAAGCCAGACACAGUAGUGCAUGUGUGGAUCAAUGAUGGGUCUAAUGAGAUCGGCAAGGUGACAGCAGCAGGAUACGCCACCAUCCUCUCCGCCCCAUGGUACCUAGAUUAUAUUAGCUACGGACAGGACUGGAAGAACUACUACAAGGUUGAGCCACUCAACUUCAAUGGAACUGAAGCACAGAAAAAGCUUGUGGUUGGUGGAGAAGCCUGUUUGUGGGGAGAGUACGUGGAUGCCACCAACCUGACACCCAGACUGUGGCCUCGUGCUAGUGCUGUGGCCGAGCGACUGUGGAGCUCCAAGGACGUGACUGACAUCAACGAUGCCUUCAGCAGACUGUCCAUGCACCGCUGUCGUAUGGUGGAGCGCGGGAUCCCAGCUGAGCCGCUGGUCACCGGCUACUGUACCCACGAGUACAGAGGGAUCUGAAAACAAUGGGACUUAAGACAACUUGCUGGACGCAGGAAACGGAAUCAGUUUCAUGUACUGUUAUCAGCACGAUCUUUAUCUGUUCUACAAAACUCAAUCACAUCUAGUGGAACAAAUUUUAAAUUUACAGAUGCACUUUUUUAUGAAUGUUUUGAUAAUUGAUUAUGAAUAAAAUGUUGGUUAAUAAAACACGGGUAUGAAGUAA